AAUUGUCAUUGUUAUUUACGUGAUUGGCUAUUGAAUCCGGCCAACUGGACGGGUACAUGACUAGUUGAACUUUAUGAAGGUAAAGUUAUCUCCGGUUCGCAGACAUGAAACCCAUGACGGCCAAUUAAAUUAUUGAAAUUUUUCAUAUACCCAAAAUUAGCAGAGCUAAUGUCAAAUUUGUGGAGAUUAUUGUUCACAAGACUAGAGCCAAGAUUAGCUUUUUUUUUCCUUCUUUUUCAAAUUGGUUUCUUGGCCAGUUGGAUCCUUUUUGGGGUUUGCUUUUGAUUAUUGUCAACUCUUGUUGUUUUGUUCAUCCUUUAGUUUUAAGAUUGUCUUUUUGCCUUCCUCCCUGUUUCUAUAUGUAUAGAAUUAUGAAUUGGUAGACUCCUCGCUCGAGGCAAAACAUUCUCAAUGCAAACCUUAACCUCUUUGGAAUAAUUAUUGGAGGAUCAGAUUCUACAGAUCGGGCUAUGUUUGAUCCUUAAUUAGUCUCCAAGAAAGUCUCAUUCCAAAGGUAAAGACACGACAAAUCAAUUUGUUCGAGAGAAGAUAAACGGGGAUUUAUGCAUAUUCUUGUGUUCUUUCAGGUUCGAUUUUGAUCAACAUGGAUGUUGAUCUUUCUGAAAACAGAAAAAAGUUGUUGCCCAACCACCUCAUCUUACAACAAGACAAGUAGAAGGUUGAUUGUUGAGUAAGAUCAGCACCAAAAUGGCUAAUCUUCUUCCGAGAUUAGAAUCUAUACAAAAUGCGCAGAACUCAAAGUUAUCCACAAAUGCAGAGGAUGACCAAUCAACAAACAAGGCUCCCCAGAGCUCUGUCACCUUCAUCUACGAAGCCAAAAUAGCCGAUUUGAUUCGAAACGUGACGGUGACGUGGAGCAAGAACGUGGGGAACUAUUCCCUGGUCAUAAGCGUCGAAAACCCGAGCAGCGAGAACCCCUACACCUUCAAGCUGGACAUAAAAGCUUGGCAAUUCUGGGGCAAAAAAGGUCUGAAAUCAUUCGACGUGGACACAAAACGAGUGGACGUGUACUGGGACUUGAGGCAGGCGAAAUUCUCGAGUAGCCCCGUGCCGUCGUCAGACUAUUACGUGGCUGUGGUGGACGGAGAUGAGGUGAGCGUGGUGUUGGGAGACAUGAAGAUGGAUGCGUACAAGAGAACCAAGAAGCAGCCUCCCGCCGACGAGCCCGUCCUGCUGUGCAAGAAAGAAAACGUGCAUGGCAAGAAACUCUUCUGCACCAAAACCAUGUGGCAGCACAACGAGAAGGAGCAUGAUCUCACCAUCGAGACGUCGCUGUCCGGCCUGGGUGACCCGGAAAUGUGGAUUAGCAUAGACGGCUUCGAGGUGGUUCACAUCAUGAAUCUGCAGUGGAGAUUUCGAGGGAACGAGAACUUGACUGUGAACGACGUUCCCGUCCAAAUAUUUUGGGACGUCCAUGAUUGGUUGUUCAAUGGGACCGGGACGGGGCAAGGGCUGUUUGUUUUCAGUCCCGGGAAUAAGCCAUCCAAAGCUGAUGAUAAUAACUCAUCACCAGAUCAGAGGCAAUCGCCUGCAGAGUUUUUCCAUGUUAUUUAUGCUUGGAAAUUUGAGUGAGGCUUUCCUUCCUUCCAUAAGCUUUGUAUAUUAUCAUAUGCUAGUGUCCGUCUUCUUCUUCGUCAUCUAUUGAUGCAUACUCUUGAUGUAUAUACCGGAAGUCCAAUCUCUUUACUGGGAAUAUAUAGUUCAGAGUUCC